GCAGCACAGCCCGCAGGACCUGAGUUCCUGGUGGGCUCCAGGAUCACCGUGCUGAGCCCGUCGGGGAUGCGGCGGGAGUGUACGGUGGUGCAGGUGGACAUGAACAGUGUGAGGGUCCACUACGAGGGUUUCGACAGCUCCCGCGACGAGUGGCUGCCGAAGGACUCCAACCGCAUCGUUGCCAAUCAACAGCAACAAGUGCAGAAUCAGGGACAGGCUGUACCUUCGCCUCCGCAGUCACCACAUUCGAUGCAGCAGCCGGGACAAGGGGUGGGGAUGCCAGGGCAGCAGCUGGCAGCACAGCCCGCGGGACCUGAGUUCCUGGUGGGCUCCAAGAUCACCGUGCUGAGCCCGUCGGGGAUGCGGCGGGAGUGUACUGUAGUCCAGGUGGACAUGAAUAGGGUGCGGGUCCACUACGAGGGUUUCGACAGCUCCCGCGACGAGUGGCUGCCGAAGGACUCCAACCGCAUCGUUGCCAAUCAACAGCAACAAGUGCAGAAUCAGGGACAGGCUGUACCUUCGCCUCCGCAGUCACCACAUUCGAUGCAGCAGCCGGGACAAGGGGUGGGGAUGCCAGGGCAGCAGCUGGCAGCACAGCCCGCGGGACCUGAGUUCCUAGUGGGCUCCAAGGUCACAGUUCUGAGCCCGUCGGGGAUGCGGCGGGAGUGUACUGUAGUCCAGGUGGACAUGAAUAGGGUGCGGGUCCACUACGAGGGUUUCGACAGCUCCCGCGACGAGUGGCUGCCGAAGGACUCCAACCGCAUCGUUUCAGACCAGCAGUCGAUGCAGCCUCAAGGCCAGGCUGCACCUUCGCCUCCGCAAUCGCUGCAGCCGAUGCAGCAGCCGGGACAAGGGGUGGGGGCGCCCGGGCAGCAGCUGGCAGCACAGCCGACAGGACCUGAGUUCCUGGUGGGCUCCAGGAUCACCGUGCUGAGCCCGUCGGGGAUGCGGCGGGAGUGUACGGUGGUGCAGGUGGACAUGAACAGUGUGAGGGUCCACUACGAGGGUUUCGACAGCUCCCGCGACGAGUGGCUGCCGAAGGACUCCAACCGCAUCGUUGCCAAUCAACAGCAACAAGUGCAGAAUCAGGGACAGGCUGUACCUUCGCCUCCGCAGUCACCACAUUCGAUGCAGCAGCCGGGACAAGGGGUGGGGAUGCCAGGGCAGCAGCUGGCAGCACAGCCCGCGGGACCUGAAUUCCUGGUGGGCUCCAAGAUCACCGUGCUGAGCCCGUCGGGGAUGCGGCGGGAGUGUACUGUAGUCCAGGUGGACAUGAAUAGGGUGCGGGUCCACUACGAGGGUUUCGACAGCUCCCGCGACGAGUGGCUGCCGAAGGACUCCAACCGUAUCGUUGCCAAUCAACAGCAACAAGUGCAGAAUCAGGGACAGGCUGUACCUUCGCCUCCGCAGUCACCACAUUCGAUGCAGCAGCCGGGACAAGGGGUGGGGAUGCCAGGGCAGCAGCUGGCAGCACAGCCCGCUGGACCUGAGUUCCUGGUGGGCUCCAAGAUCACCGUGCUGAGCCCGUCGGGGAUGCGGCGAGAGUGCACGGUGGUCCAGGUGGACAUGCAUAGUGUGAGGAUCCAUUACGAGGGUUUCGACAGCUCCCGCGACGAGUGGCUGCCGAAAGACUCCAACCGCAUCGUUGUCAACCAGCAGUCAACGCAGCCUCAAGGCCAGGCUGUGCAUUCGCCACCGCAAUCGCCGCAGCCGAUGCAGCAGCCGGGACACGGGUUGGGAACGUCUGGGCAGCAGCUGACAGCACAGUUUCCUAAACCUGAGUUCUUGCCAGGCUCGAAGAUCACCGUGCUGAGUCCAUCGGGGAUGCGGCGAGAUUGCACGGUUGUCCAGGUCGACCUAGACAGGGUGAAGAUCCAUUACGAGGGUUUCGACAGCUCCCGCGACGAGUGGCUGCCGAAGGACUCCAACCGCAUCGUUGCCAAUCAACAGCAACAAGUGCAGAAUCAGGGACAGGCUGUGUCUUCGCCCCCGCAAUCGCCACAGCCGAUGCAGCAGCCUGGCCAAGGGGUAGGGAUGCCAGGGGCAGCAGCUGGCAGCGCAGCCCGCAGGACCUGAGUUCCUGGUGGGGUCCAAGAUCACCGUGCUCAGUCCAUCCGGGAUGCGGCGAGAGUGUACCGUGGUGCAGGUUGACAUGAAUAGGGUGAUGGUCCACUACGAGGGUUUCGACAGCUCCCGCGACGAGUGGCUGCCGAAAAACUCCAACCGCAUCGUUGCCAAUCAACAGCAACAAAUGCAGAAUCAGGGACAGGCUGUGCAUUCGUCUCCGCAGUCACCACAUUCGAUGCAGCAGCCAGGACAAGGGGUGGGGAUGCCAGGGCAGCAGCUGGCAGCACAGCCCGCGGGACCUGAGUUCCUGGUGGGCUCCAAGAUCACUGUGCUGAGUCCGUCGGGAUGCGGCGGGAGUGCACGGUGGUUCAGGUGGACAUGAACAGGGUGAGGGUUCACUACGAGGGUUUCGACAGCUCCCGCGACGAGUGGCUGCCGAAGGGCUCCAACCGCAUCGUUGCCAGCAGCCAGGCGUCGCAGCCGAUGCAGCAGCUGGUUCCUCAGGCCCCGGCAGUGUCCCUCGCCGUGGGCACGAAGAUUGUGGUCUUCGAUCCGUCCAACACACGGCGGGAGUGCUUCAUCGUCGAGGCGGCAGCGGACAAGGUC